GGUUGUAGGACUGUCGACGCAUCUCAGGCGGCGCUAUGUUGGGCCAUGCCCAUGACCACCACAUUGCACAGACGUCGCACCACCACCAGCACCACCACCAGCACCACCACGCGCCACAUCCCCACCAGGCCUACGGCGCCACCGGCGCCACUGGCCUGGCCUUCAACACCUCGGACUGUCUGGACUACAAGGAGCAGACGGCCUGGAAACUCAACUUCAACGCCUCGGACUGUUUGGACUACAAAGACCAGGCGCCAUGGCGCUUCCAGGUGCUGUGA